GGAAGGCGGAGGCGCCCCGCUUGCGCUUCGCAGACUACAUUUCCCAUCCUGCCCUUGCACGGUCCUCGCGGCCCCCCUUCUUUCCCUCGCCAAGAGAUGGCUUGGAAGCGCCGAGAGUCCGGCGUGGAUUUCGGGGCGCGGAGCUCCUUCCUGGCAGGUGCAGCGCAGGGCGAUCCUCGAGGGCUGCGUCUGGAAGCGCAGCCAGAACUUUAGUCCGAAGUUCUGCUCCAGAGCGCGGCGCCACUUCCCGUCGAGGCGGAGAAAGGAAGCUGCGAGCCCCGGCUCCGCAUUUGGAUGCCAUGGAGUCAACGGCAAGCAUAAUGAUGAACAAAGGACCAGAUUCUAGGAAAAGUGGGAUUACGGGCUUGCUUACAAAGCACCUUUGGAAGGCCUUGCACCUGUCUUCCCCCGUGGCACUUUCCCAACACUGUACAGGUUCUUGCCCAGACUUGAUAAUGAGCAGGAAUGAAGUGCCGGAACAAAAGAUAGUCCACAGAGAAGCUUCAUCAAGGCCUCGGUCACCCAUGAAGACUCACCAGACACUCUGCUUAUCCCUCUCAUCAGACAAUGCCAGGCAAUACAGUGGCAUGGUCUCUCUGGAGAACCUUGAUACUCAGAUGAAACAAGCCCACAGUGGUGGGGCAGCCAGCAGCACUGGUUCCCUGGAACGGGCAUCCUUGUUUUGUGCCUCUGUACCCAGUUCCUCGUCCAAAUCCAUCCCCUCCAAGCCAACGGGAUCUCCAUCCAAGCCCAAGUCUUCCAACUCUUUGUUUUUUCCGUUGCUGCCAAAGGGCAGCUUUGAAUUCAGUCCCAAUCCGUCGUCUGUUUCUAGCUCCAAGAAGCGCCGCAAUGGGAGUCUCAAAUCCAGGGAGGCCAGUGACCCAAAGCCAAGGGAGCUGCAGGCAGGCUUCGGUUUCUUGGAACCGGUCAUCGCCAGGGUAACGGACUUCAUCUACGUGGGGAACCUCCGUGCGGCUUACAGUGGGCAGGCGCUGUGCAAGAACCAGAUUGACAGCAUCAUUGAUGUGAGCAGCUUGCCCAGGGACUGCAGGCUGAGCUUCAUCCCUUGCACCUGCAGCCGAGGGCCCCAGCAUAGCUGGUCCCGCCUGAAGGUGCACGUCCAGGGGCCUUUGGAGGAGGAGCGCCUUUCUCUGCAGCAGCCGUGCUUCUGGGACAUCAACCGGUGCCUUGAGGCCUCGCUGGAGAAAAGGAAGCGGGUUCUGAUUCACUGCAGGGAUGGCUACUCCCUGGCUCCUACCUGCGUCAUCCAGUACCUGAUGGUCAAACACCACAUGAGGCUGCUGGCUGCUUAUGACUUUGUCAGAGCAAGGUACCCAGUGAACAUCCAGGAGUGUCACCAAGACCUGCUGGUGGACCUAGAGAGGUCUCUGUGGCCUGGAGAGGUGGACAUGGAGUGCUCUAAACAAGCCAUGUCAAGGAAGAUGGCAUGGACAUAGGGUCAGGCUAGAUGGCAGCAGUUUCAUCUCACACAUGUAGGAAGGUGGGGAGGAAUGUGGUUCAUGGUGACUGAAGCUUCUCCCCUUGCCUGUCCCUUCUCUCCCAGCACCUUCCCAGUAUCUAGGAGAGGGAGCAGUUCUUGCAUUGUACACACUCUCUUCACCCCCCUCCUUUUUCCACAGCAGGGAUGGCUCAACUUUUUUCGCUGCAUUUGCUCUUGGCUAGCCUUCUCCAAAGUGGGCAUGAUCAUCUGGGCCCACUGUUUCUUACCCUUUCUCAGUUCUUUCACACCUUUUCUUCCACGUACACAGCCACACACGCUACACAUCCCCGUCACAGUGCUGAACUUCCCCAGGGAGAUUUAAAUCUCUCCACCACGUUCAGUGCUGCAGUGUUGAGGGCUAUUGCUGUCUCUCCUACAAAGGGCCCAACCUCUGAAGACCAUAGGCAGUGGUUUUCCUCCCCCUUGCAGCAUUGCACUGGGGGAGGAAAGCAACCACUUGAAAGGGCUUAGCAGGCCUGAUUUGGCCCAUGGGUUUACCACUCUUGUUCUACUGCAAGUUCCUGGUUUCAGCACAUGGGACUGCAGCAGCCAUGCCUACUUUGGAUCUUAGGAUACAGUAAAUAACCAAAUACCGCAAGAAAGCAUGCGAGCGCUCAAAGCCAGUCAGAAGGCCUAAGGAUGCCAUUGCAAUGUUUCUGUUAUGAAGAAGCUGCCUUAUAUUGAGCUGCCUUAAACCAUCCUUCCCCAGUAGAUCCUUUUGCAGCCCAUCUAACUUCUUCAUUGGAAGAUGCCAAGGACUAAGUUUAUGUAUGCAAGUAUCUGCUUUGUCACUGAGCUGUGGACCAGGGCUAUGUUUACUCUGCUCUAAAAAUACUUUGCAGGGUGUGUGUGUGUGUGUCUUUUUUAAACUUGAUUUGGCCAGUAAUGAGAAGAACAAGGAACUAUUCAGGGGACUGAAAAUAUUCAGAGGACUGUCACCACUAGAAAUCUUAGUUUGGAAUUCUUCUGCUUUCUGAAGUUGACCAGGGCAUUGCCCAGACACAUUCAAGCAAAUACUGGUAAUCACCAUAAGACUAAAAAAAUUGCUUUUUUAAAAAGUGAAAACUGAGUUUCCUAGGAAACGAAAUUAUGCAUCUAGUACCACAUUCUGUGGUUUGGGAGGGUUUUUUUUUAAUGCUCCUGUGAAAUUACAGUUUGCAUACAUCCCUGAUCCUUGCUUUUGUGCCGAGAUACACCAACAAGCUCUUUAAAUUACCCAAUUUGAUGAGGUAAAUGGCUCUCCACAGCAGCUAUGCCUAUUUCCAUAACUCUGUAAAUGUGAUAAUUCAGCCCUUUCUUAGCAGAGCCACCGUAGGCCUCUUUUAUUGUCAGGGAAAUUAUAACACUGGAGCAGAACGUUCAAAGUGGAGAUUGUCUUGACAGCACUUUCCAGCUCCUACAAGAUGAGAGCUUGUAACAUUUGCAUAAAAGACUCUUAAAUCAGGGAUGGAUGCGGCAUUAGAGAGCAGGUGGGUUGUCAGCAGUGGAAUUUAAAUCUGGUGCUUAAAAUCCUAGAUUCUGUGAUUUGAAUAAAGUAGGUAUUUAUUCUUUUUUCAUAUA